AUGACCGCCGAAGUUGCUCAAUCGGCUGAGGCGCAGCCAAAUGUUCCUGAACGGAAGAAGUUUGACAUUUUGAAGGUUAUUGUGGAAAACGUUACUGGUACCGUGAAAUGGUUCAGUGUAAGGCGUCAUUACGGCUUUAUCCAACGUGACGACAACAAGGAAGACGUUUUUGUUCACCGGACGGCUAUCACUGCCUCUCGAUCUCGCUACCCCACCUUAAAAAAUGGGGAAUCUGUUGAGUUUUCUGUCGUUGAGACAGCUAGUGGUGUAAAUGCAGCCUCGGUUACUGGUCCUAAUGGCAGACAAGUUCAGGGGGUCCGUUUCUUCCGUCGCCCGAAGCCGCUCGAUGGCGGUGAUGGUCAACCUAAGUUAAACGGUGCAACCCAAGCCGGUGGCGAUGUUGAGGGAACACGCCAGCGGGGUGGCCCUCGUAGGAUGAGACGCGGGCGAAGGCCUUUUCGACCAAACCAAAAUGCUAUGGGGGAUGGAGAGAAUGUGGGAGGCGAGCAAGGCGAGGAGCUAGGUGGUGGCUUGGAGGGGUCCCGUGUACCCCGCCAGCGCCCUCGUCGUUUCCGAGGUGGAGGAAGAGGUCGAGGCUCCCAACGGUCAACUGGAACCAGACAGCAGAUGAAUGGAGAAGACGGAGCUGCUGUUAACGGUGAGGAGGGUGGCGUUUCACGUCAACAGCAGGGAGGGCCACGUCGUGGAGGCGGUGGCCGUUUCCGAAGGAGCGGUGGAAGCGGCAGAAUGCGUCGCGGUGGUGGUGCCGCAUCUGGUAGAGAUAGCGAAGGUCAGGUGGAGAAUUCUGCCACUGAGGAGCAUACUGAAGAUUUAGAAAAAAAAGUGCAGGAAAUGACAUUGGAGACUAAGAACGAGGUAUCGGAGAAACCAAAGGAGGCGGCAGCUGCAGAGCAGCAAACAGAUAUGGAAGGCAGUGCAGCAGUCGAAGGCGUUUCGACGACGAUCACGGAGACCGCGGGGGCUAGUAACUAG